UGCACUUUUAGAAGACGUCGAGGAGGCAACGAGGAGGAGGGACGAAGACCAUGCAGCCUGUCUGCCAGGUGACCAACUCGCUCGCUAUCAGCAACGCUCGCUCGGCCUGCAGUCCCGAGCUGCUCCAGCGGGGGGCAGUGACGCUCUGCAUCAACGUGACUCGGCGACAACCUUUUCCUGACACCAUUACCGUCACACGAGUCCCGGUGAGUGACCGCCCAGACGACGACCUCUACAGCCACUUUGACGCCUGCGCCGACGCCAUCCACGCCGAAGCUAAAAAUGGCGGCCGGUGCCUGGUCUACUGCAAGAACGGGCGAAGCCGCUCGGCCACCAUCUGCGCCGCAUACCUCAUGAAGCACCAGCGGAUGGCGCUGGCGGACGCACUCAAGAAGGUGAAGGCCGCCCGGCCCGUGAUCGCUCCCAAUCCCGGCUUCUUGGCUCAGCUGCAGCGAUACGAGGACGAGUUGAGGAGGAGGCGAGGCUCUCACCCGUCCCACGCAAGCUCAGGGGAUUUGGAGUCGGACACGGACAGCUUCUACUCAAGAGCAGUUUCUCAGGAAGCUGAAUAAAAAAAAGUUCAAGAAUGAAGUUUGGAGCAGAAAGACAGGCACGGGCAAAAGUAAUGUGCGGACGGACUCCUGCCUAGUUUCCCUCUUUGGGCGCGUCGACUCACCCAGUCGCACUCGGAAGCGCAGGUUGUUUUCCAGACAGUGGGCGGCCGUCAAGACCCAGUUCCGGUCAAUCAGCACGCCGCCGCAGUGGAAACGACCCUUGGAAUUCUGCAGCAGGACCUGGCGGUAGCCGUGUUCUCAUUACCAGCUAAACUCGGUGACAGCGCUGCCUCAAGAUGACUUUUGGACUUGUAUUUGCUUUGGCUCGCCGGCAACAACUCGACAUUGAAUGCCGGUGACUGGCACUGCUGGCACUGGCUCACCUGCCAAGGACUCUCGCCCUUCUUGCCCACCUCCCCGCCCACCAUCCAGGGCAUAAGGCCAUCAACGGGCCGGGCGUAGGACGAACGUCCGAUCAGCAGCUGCCCGCACGACGACGACCCUGCGCGCAGGUGACGAGACGCUGGUGGGCGGAAUCCUCGGCUCUUGCCCGCUUGCCGACACCUAUUCCUCACCUUUGGCGACGCAUCUCUUGCCGUCGUCUUGCAGCUUGUAGCCGUCCACGCAGCCGCACGUCCGCCUCAGGCCAUCCUCACUCUCGGUGCACUCGUGGUCGCAGUUGCCGUUGUUCACGCUGCAGUUGGUGGCUGAUAGAGCUGGGAUGAUAAGCGUCGUCGUCAGGCACGGCCGUUGAGUGGCCCGGCCCCACCCUCGCCCUGCCCCGCCCCGCCGUUUUUUGUCAACACCGUCGGCACGCUUCCUAUCGGGCUUGGUUUGUACGCGUUCCCGAGUAGUGCUUGCGGCCCAAAUGACGUGCUUUUGGCAUCCGCCUCACAUUUUUGGAUGGCUCAGGGGCAAAUAGUUUUGAGGCCUCCCCAAAAGCCAGAGGUCAACUAUUU